AUUUGUCACUCACUUUGAACCUUGAACCACUUCCAGGUUGCGCUGCGCAAAGUGCUCAUUAAACAGAAUUUGAAUUUAAAUUUGAAACUUCAAAGAUGCCGAAAAACUAUUUAUCCUCUCGCUACAACCGACUACUGCAUCAGGAAAACAAAUAUUGGGAUGAGCUGUUUUGUAGUUUGUUUUGGUCUCCAUUUGCCGAAACCGGAACAGGGACUCGUACAAGAAGCGGUUGCAUUCUGGGGCCCGCCAGAAAAUCUUCAUCAGACACUAGUGAAGACGACCUUGCUCCAGUUGAGAUUAAGUUCCACGACGACUGGAUCUUCAUGGAGUACCCAACCGCACCGGAUCAGGCAACAUUUUCUCGAGACUCGUGCACACCGGACACAAGUCGCACUGAAACGGCCUCACAUCCUUCCGACGAUGAAUCCUUCGACGGUCAGCUUAAGUCUUACAAAUGUGAAAAAUGCUCCAAACAAUUCCAACAUGCACAUCAGCUACGUACCCAUUGGACCACACAUGCGAAAGAUCGUUUGCACAGCUGUGAUUGUGGUAAGAGUUUCAAGACAAGGGCUUAUUUGGGGAUUCACCGACGAAAUACGGGCCAUCAUAAUUGGACCAUAAAGUGUCAUAAGUGUGGUAAGCCGUUCGCAAAGGAACGUCACAUGGCACGCCAUAGCGCUGUGGCGUGUGAGAAGUUCUUGGCGAAGCAAAAGACCGCUCAAUGAAUUACUCAAAUGUCCAGAUGAGAAUGGAUUUUACUCGAUGAUUUUCUUUUUCUUUUAACAUUAAUUCUUGUCUCAUUUUAUCAUGCAUUUGUUAACACGGUUUUAAGGUUUUUAAUAAAAUACCAUAACGAAUACUU